CGUGGAGGCGUGCCCGAAGGAUGUGACGUCCUGCUCGGACAGGAGAUUGUACCAUAUCCCUUAAACGCUGCCCGUUAGUGUUGAUGUUUGUGGAGGAUUAUUGCAAGCGGUGCGAUGGACAGCAGCAGACAGUAGUAUCAGGGGAGGCACAAUAUCGCAGCCGGACAUCCACAAUCAUGGAUUUAACUUUUGUUCUAUCCGCAGCUAUUUUCACGCUUCUCGCGCUUGUAAUUGCAACCUCGUUUCUCAGCGGCUCCUCGCCCAAAGCCGACUCUGCAAACCCGCGACGAUGUUCCGGACAGGGUUCAAUGGGAGGAUUAGAUCCAGCAGGGCCGAAGCAGAACGGCCACAUACCGGACAAGAAGGAGAAGAAGAAGGAGGAGGUGGAGGACGACUGGUGUAACAUCAGUGGGAGCUGCCACGAUCACUGGGAUGUAGUGAAAUCAGUGCUUUCAACUGAAGGAGCCACAGAGAGUCCAGACAUCUACAAUGAAGAGUCAAAUGAAAACAACUCCUUGAAGUACGUCCCUGGAAAGGCCCGAUCCAGCCACUUGCAAUCGAUGAUGUCCAAGGACGAGCUGGAGGAGGAGCAGAGGGUGCAACGUGAUCAACUGGCGGCCAUCUUCAAACUGCUGAAAGACAACAAGGAGACGUUUGGGGAGGUUUCAGAGGGAGACAUGGAGGAGCAGCUCAGACUGUACUCCAUCUGAAACUCCUCUCUGGCUCCUCAUGUUUGCCAUCCUGCCUCUGACUGCGUUUAUGAAACUGUGAGCCCUGCCUAAGGACUACUCCAGUAUACCAAAUACUUUAAUGAACUCGUUCGCAGUAUUCGACACAGCUUCACCAUCCUUUCGUCCAAACAACUCUUAUUCAUGUUGUAAUACGAUACUUUGUAUUUUUUCUUGUUGCAGUCAAAACACAUUAAACAAAAGCAGCUCCACCUUUUCCAGAUCAGAGAAAGGAUUUUCUAGCUACGCAUAUGCAAACAAGGACUAAAGGGGACAAAGGACUAUUGUUCCUAUUAUUAAAUCCAUGUUUAAAGAAAGAAGGAAUAUGUGCAUUUUUAAUAAAGUCUGUUUUUAAUUCAAUAACA